AUGUCGGAAAAGCAGCUUAUCACGAAAUCUAUCCUGUGUAUAUUGAUGCUUCGAUACGCUUGGAUGUUAGGUGAUUCUAACAUGAUAAAUGUUAAUAUAUUUGGUUUAUUGACAAAUAUGAUUUAUAUGAUAAUUUACUAUUAUUAUGCACCAAAUACGAAGGAGGUGCUUAAAUUAAUAUAUAAAGUAACAAUCUUUGUUGCAAUUUUUCUUGUCUAUGCACAAAUGGAACAUCCAGCAAAUGUUGAAUUUAGAUUCGGUAUUGUGGUUACAGUACUUCUCCUUCUUUUAAUUGGAGCUCCUCUUGCGCAUCUUAAAAAUGUUAUAAAAACGAAAAACACAGAAAUUCUUCCAUUCCCACUUAUAUUUAUGGGUACAUUAGUUUCAUUUCAGUGGUUAUUGUACGGCCUUAUCAUCAAUAAUGUUUUUAUUAUUUUUCAGAAUGCAAUUGGUUUCAUUCUUAGUAUAGCUCAGCUAUCUUUGUUUGUGAUAUUUCCAUCCAAAAAAUCACAGGUUGAAUUAUCGAAUGACCACAGAAAGGAAAAUUAAUUUUUUAAAUUUUUUAAAGAAAAUACUUUUAUAUUUGAAAUUAUUCUCUAUAUAUUCACAAAUCAAUAGUAUUAUACUGAAUAUAUUUAUAGCUUAUAAGAAUAUUCCAAUGCCGUAGAAAUCACGUUAUAUUUUAUAUACAGAGUGUACAAAAAAUCCCGGACUCCUUAAAUGUUUUGAAAAGUAAGCAUUUCUGAGAAAAAUGUUUCACACUAAAGUUGUAGGGUUAAAAAUGAUCUAUUUACUGACCUUAUCAAUUUGACCUUGAAUGGCGCU